ACUCGCGCAUCGUAGCGUGCGCCCGCGUCGAUCGCCUUUCUUUUAUCAAUCCACCGCGAUUUCGACCCUAUUGCAAUACGAUAAGUGAUAUAAUUGAGUGCAUACGACCUUGAAGUGAGUGUGUUACAGUGCGUACCUAGUAUUAUAUUUUGGUACUAUAGCUUGCUAAGGAUCAAAUCAAAUAAUUGUUAACAUAAUGGACUAAACCUAAAGUGCGAAAGAGAAGUACAAUGCCGGACACGCUGUCUCUAUCUACGGGAGUCAGUCUCGGCCUUCUGGCUGGGAUUGUGUCUGGAGUCUGCUAUUUAUUUGCAAAUGGCAUAAAUAAAACUAAACAGCAGGACACCCACGCAAAGAAGUGUGUGACAGCAUCCGAUAGUCACAUCUGUCGUCGAUGUGGCGGCGACACUUUGGGCGGCCUGGUCCCUUGCAUCUGCCAAUAUCAUCAUCCUGUCAAGUUCGAGUCCGGCGCGUGGUUCCUGCGCCAGGUGCAGCGAGCUCUCAGCCUCAUGCCGUGGUCAUUCAGUACCGACAAGCUGGAACAAAUAGACGAAGAAUGCGAGGGUGGAAGCGAGUCUCAAGAUUUACACAACGUACGAGAAUUCCUUGAAGCAAUAUCAGCCAAAUUAGCUGGAGGACCUCUCGAAGGCACGAGGGUCGCGCCGCUGUAUGACCACCCUGCUUAUAUUGCCAUGUUUGACCGCCAUCACGCCGCCGUGCGAGACUCGCUUGCUGCUCUCUCCACUGCGCUGCAGGACGCGCUAAGACGUAAGCUAGCAUGCAUGCGCAUGGGAGCACUCAUGUAUAUGCACUCGAUUGUUGAUUUGGCAAGCAUGCGUACGCAUAGCAUGCAUGUACUCGAUUGUGGCGUAUGCACGAAUGCUUGCGCAUGA